CGACACGGGAGCUGCACAAGGAGCAGCCCCGGUGCGAUCACCUCAAAGACGCGGCCCACAAGCGCGAAGCUGGGUCCGACGGAGCCGAACAAGGAACGGCGUUUGCCUGGGCCGAGGCGGAAGCCGGAGCCUUUGGCGGACGGGACCGCGGGAACCCGGAAACGCCUGGGCCGCGUCGAGGCGGUCCGGGGUACCGGAACGGCUGGAGCCGGCGGCGCUGCGGGUCAGCGGUCGCGGCGGAGCCGACGGGCUCGGCAGCCUGGGGCGCCGGGCGUCUCGGAGCCCGGAGCUUCGGUGCGGGUAGCUGGUCGAGCCGCACGGCGGACAAAUGAAGAGAAAACAAUGUCUGCCAACCUAAAGUAUCUUUCCUUGGGAAUUUUGGUAUUUCAGACUACCAGUUUGGUUCUAACGAUGCGUUAUUCUAGGACUUUAAAAGAAGAAGGUCCUCGUUAUUUAUCUUCUACAGCAGUGGUUGUGGCUGAAUUUUUGAAGAUAAUGGCCUGCAUCUUUUUAGUCUACAAAGACAGUAAGUGUAGUGUGAGAACACUGAAUCGAGUACUACAUGAUGAAAUUCUCAAUAAACCCAUGGAAACACUUAAGCUUGCUAUUCCAUCAGGGAUAUACACUCUUCAGAACAAUCUACUCUAUGUGGCACUGUCAAACCUAGAUGCAGCCACUUACCAGGUUACAUACCAGUUGAAAAUACUUACAACAGCAUUAUUUUCUGUGUCUAUGCUUGGUAAAAAAUUAGGUGUGUUCCAGUGGCUCUCUCUAGUAAUUCUGAUGGCAGGAGUUGCUUUUGUACAGUGGCCUUCAGAUUCUCAAGAGCUGAAUUCUAAGGAACUUUCAACAGGCUCACAGUUUGUAGGCCUCAUGGCAGUUCUCACAGCAUGUUUUUCAAGUGGCUUUGCUGGAGUUUAUUUUGAGAAAAUCUUAAAAGAAACAAAACAAUCAGUAUGGAUACGAAACAUUCAGCUUGGUUUCUUUGGGAGUAUAUUUGGAUUAAUGGGUGUAUAUGUUUAUGAUGGAGAAUUGGUAUCAAAGAACGGAUUUUUUCAGGGAUAUAAUCAACUGACAUGGACAGUUGUUGUUCUGCAGGCACUUGGAGGCCUUGUAAUAGCUGCUGUCAUUAAGUAUGCAGAUAAUAUUUUAAAAGGAUUUGCAACCUCCUUAUCCAUAAUAUUGUCAACAGUCAUAUCCUAUUUUUGGUUGCAAGAUUUUGUGCCAACCAGUGUCUUUUUCCUUGGAGCCAUCCUUGUAAUAGCAGCUACUUUCUUGUAUGGGUAUGAUCCCAAACCUGCAGGAAAUCCCACUAAAGCAUAGUCAAGUACUGUCUUUAACUGCUUUUUCAUGAUGGUGCCCUAGGAAUCUCAACACUAAUCUUGCCCAGAGGACUUCUGCAGAUUCUGUGAAGAAAUCAUCAUGCUAAAUCUGAUCAUACUAUUCAAAUGGUUUGAAAAUGUAUAGGCUUCAUGAUGAUAUGUGUACGUCAUCUGGAACCCACGCUUAGAAGUGUGUCCAGGGAGUAGGAUUAGAGGGAUACUGGGAGAAGCCUUUUUUGUUGCUGUGGAACUGUCCAGUGCAGCCUUUGCAAGAGCACACAAAUGCAACCAAUGUUUGCAAGGUAGAGCUACUUUUGUCACAUGUUCCUAAUCUUACUCUUUCUGUACAGAUAUCAAAUUACAUCAAUUGUUCAAAGUUUGAAAAUUAUAAUUUGCCUAUAAAGCUGUGAACAAAAAAUAUAAUUUAAAACCAUUUUCAUGUAUCUGGGAUUUUUAUAUUCAUACAGAAGAUUACUAAGCAAAGGAUUGCUAAAUGUUAUUUGUUUAAUUACAUAUAACUUGAUGAAGUAGUAGUCUGGGUUUGAAUCAUGUUUAAAUUUAGUGUAGAGAGAAUCUACUUCUUUGUGUAUGUCUUCUGACCAUUUACUGCUUUGAGGCAGCUGAAUGCAAUUUGGUUUUUCAAAUGCUAGAGUAGCCAACAACUAUGACACUAAUGAAGUUUUAAUCAUUUUCCAGCUGUAUUUCUUUUCCAUAUAUAAGAGAAAUUUUUAUUAUUACCUUAAAUUGAAUUUGUUUGUUUUGUCAUUAAAAAUUUUAACUGAAUUUAAAGGGAUUAAGUACUCAUUUAGUAAUUGAAAAUAAAAUAAUAAUUACUGUCCAGUCUCCAUAUGGAGAAAUCUGAAUUAUGAAGCAUAUAUUGUAUAUAAUUUUGAAAUGGAGAACUUUCUUUUUAAUCCGCAGUAGGAAUUUCUCUUAAUCCACAACUUUUGACAGAAACAACAAGCAAAAAAUGGUAUUAGUCAUAUCAGUGGACCACGAACAAGCUGAUUUUCUUUGUAGACCUUCCUUACUGCAUAUUGGUUGUUUUGUUUUCUUAAGGCAGGGUCUCAUUAUGUAGACCAAGCUGGCUCAAACUCAUAGAGCUCUAUCUACCAGCCUUUCCUUCUGAGUGCUGGGUUUAAGGGUGUGGGCAACCCUGCCCAGCAUUUUUUAUUUUAUUUUAAUACAUAUAUUGUAUUUUUAAAUACAAUAAUAUUUUUAAAAUAAUACAUUAUUUUAAAGGGCACUAUAAUUUAAUUCCUAAGGCUGUUUAGAAGCUUUUUGGUCUUAAAAGCGCACUAUCCCCAGGCACACUCUGGUCAUGUAUCUGGGAGAGGUGGCUGCAUUCGGGGUUCCCUUUAUGUGCUGCUGGGAAGGAGCAACCAUUUGCUUUAAAAUAGAUUUUCUUUCUUGUUAGCACUGGAAUUGACACAAAUUAUGAGUUAUUUAGUAAGCUGAUUCAAAGGUGAGAGACUAUAUUAGAAAUAGUAAAAUGAACUGGGAGGCGAAGAUGAAUUCUAUAUUUGGAAUAUGUUAUUUAUUGACUAUGUGCAGAUUACCUAUUGAAUAUGAGAUGUAUUUUACUUUAUUUUUUCAUUUAUAUUGUAUAUAUUUUAAAAGUUUGUUCUAAUAGAUACAAAACUAUAAAAAGGUAACUUUUUUAUGUAGUUCUAAUGGAUUUUUGUUAAAUAGAGUUUGACUCAAAAGCACUAUUGUUAAGAACUAUAAGGUCCCUUUGAAUAACUUGGACUGGCUAUUUGAUCUUGCUAGUGCAGAUAAUCUCCCAACAGUGAACAUGCCUAACUAAUUCCAUUCCAAGCUUCAAAUUACAGAAUGUUUAAAGUCAUUGCACCAGCAAUGAUAAAGUGAUACCACAUUUUCUGAAUGCCAGGUUUAUGGGUUUUAGUGACCAUCUUUUAGCAAUUGAAUAACUCCAUUUUGAGUAUGGUGUACGGCCACCACAGCAUUCAAUCUUAUGUCCUAGGACCUAUGACUAAGUGUACCCUAGAACUUGCAAAUAGGCUAAACUCUUGAGGGCAGAUUCAUGUUCCAGUCACAUAAAAGCAUUGUGUGGGCAAGUGUUUUAAUAUAGUGUGGAUUCACAAUUAAUGGUUACUUAGAUUAGUAACCCCUUUCUUAACGAUACAGAAAUAAUAUGAAUAAGUUAUUGGACAUUAAGGUUGUUAAAGUAAUAACACAUUUUAGGUGUCUGAAAAUCUAUUAGGCAUCAUAUUUUUCUUUUUGUUGUUUGUUUUCGUUUUGGUUUGCUUUUUUCUUUCUUCUUCUUUUUUUCUUCAGGACAGGGUUUCUCUGUGUAACCUUGGUGUCCUGGAUUUCCUUUGUAGACCAGGCUGGCCUCAAACUCACAGAGAUCUGCCUGCAUCUGCCUCCCCAAGUCAUUUAUAUUUUUCUUUUCUAGUCAAUUUAAAACUUUAAUUGAGCUGAAUGUAUAGUCUAAAAUUUUAUGAGGAAAUAAUCACGUUUGGGGAAAAAUGGGCUUGUAGCCUAGAUUUUGUCAUGCAUAUUGAUACUGAAAUUUUGUAUAAUGUAGUUUGUGUUUUGAUGACAUUCAAAGGUGUUAUUGUGUCAUACGUUUAUAUUAACUCUUCGAUUAUUUAAAUUUUAUGCUUUUAAAAGUA